AUGUUCAUGACUGCAUGUCAGCCAGAAGGGGCUGCACUGGGAAGCUAUUGGGUUCAUGAAUGGAAAGCUGAAGAGACACUGACAGCCUUUCUCAAACGUGUAUACUCACAGGCUUUUGCAGGAGGGACACCUGAACAGCCUAUCAACACGGGCAAUCUCCGCGCUUAUAUCCUGUCCAAGAACGCCAGAGUCGUUGUAAAAGAAACUGACGUGCUGUCGGAUCACCUAUCUUUGAUUAUAGGAGAAGGUUUCAAGACGUUGUUGGUGUUCCACCAUCGCGCAUUCCUCGAAGAUAGUCUGGAGGUUUUGAAGGCGGAUCAGGAAGAUUUAAGCCAGUCUUUCUCAGAAGCUGUAUCCAUUGGCUGUCUUGCCCCGACACUCCUCGAAGAAACGCUCAGGACCCUUGACCUCCUGUUCCCACCUUCCGGUGAUGGACAAUCCCGACGAAUCCUCGAGAAAUUGGUGCAGCGGGAAGAUCUUGACCCAUGUCUGCUAGAGCUGGGUCAUACCAUGCUGGAGAUUUCGGUUGAAAAUCAGACCCCCGAUGACCUUCAGGAAUUGUAUAUGCAGUAUCCGCACUGGGCCCCACGGCUGGCCCGUUUGCUGAAGGAGGUUGACGACCCGACACCGACAACAAGGUGGGAGCGCUACGCAGAACGAAGAAAGUCGCCACGACACAUGUACAAGUGCGCUCUCGCCGCGUUCAUUGUGGCGGCUAUAUUUGGCAUCCUUGCAACGGUGCUGGCGGCAGUCCAGGUCUGGAUAUCAUACUGCGCCUGGGUGGACGACCCGAUGAAGUCCUUAUGUGGAGCAAAGAAGGCUCAAAUUUCCCCAACAUUGGAUGGGUAA